GUUCGGGGCAGAGAGGCGGGCAGAGGGAGAGGCUGCGGGGCGGCGGUCCGGGGCGGCGGAGCGGCGGAAAGUUGCUGCAGUUUGUAGGAAAAUGGAGGCGGUGGGUCGGAGAAGAAGGCGCUGUCCGGGGCUGAUCAGGACCAUGGCUAACACUCGCACACCGCAGGGACACCGCAAACACAUCCCGCCGGCUCCCACAGACACCCUCAGCCCCGAAAAACCCCGCAAACCUUUUGAACCGCUUCAGACUUCUGCGUCCAAACAUCGCGUUUAGUAAACCGACUUCUGCGCUUCCGCAAACGAACUUUUCUGAGCCCGAAAUGGUCGCUGGGAAUCUCAACCGCGACUUUUUCAAGCACAGGCGCAUCCAUGUGUCCAUUUAAACACUCGUUUCAGCAGAUGUGUCACUUACAAACCAGAGUUUAGCGGGUAAAAGUCCCCGAAUGAUGUUUUAAUCCUCAGAAACCACGUGCUGAUUACUACACUUUCACUUUUUAAUCUUUAUCUGCUUUGGGAUUUAAAUAGCCACAAAGUUUUCACGUAUGCUUAAAGAUAACUUAGACUUUUUUCCCUAAAACAAAUGUACUGUUCGGUGUGUUCGUUUACUUCUAUCUUCCCGCGUGCCAAACUUCUGCGGGACUUGUCCCACAUUGAGGCUUUGGUCGGGUCUGUGCGGGGGGGCCGUCGGUGUCCGGCUCGCGGGAGGAUUUUGUCACUUUCUGUGUUCCCGGUAAUAAUUCCGCCCGUGUUUUAUAUCUGCUAACGUUUAGUAACUGUCGCCGGGGCUCUUGGUUUUCACUUGAAAACUUAGUGAACUCGCUGGCCGUCUCUUCGUGGCAGUCGGUUAAAUGUGGCGUUUUCCAGAUGGACUUCUGAACGUGUUUCGUGCCGUUUGUCGCUGUCGACUGAGCCGUGGUGCUGUUUCAAAAUGGCCGACAGACUCCAGAGGAGGAGGACGCGCUCGUCCGUCACCCUCCCAAAACCAGAGACACCGUCUGCAAACCGCAGCCGCGACUUUAUCAACAUUUAUGUGUUUCUUUGAAAGUAUCUGAACACUUUUUUGCAGAUCUGUUAGAAUAAAUCAGAGUUUAGCAGUAAAAUGUUCCUGAGUGAGUUUUAAUCAUCACAAACCGCGUUUUGAUUAUCACACUUUACAUUUUUAGGCUUUAUUUGAUUUAAUACUUAAAUGACCACACAGUUUGAACUCCUGCUCUGAGACAAAGUAAAGUAAUCUUUAGAAGCUGUCUACGACUGCACUUUUAUUAGUCCCAAAUGCCAAACCUUCCUUUAACUUUAGCUAUAUUUCAGAGUUCGUCAGAUAUUUGUCAGUGUGCUCAGGUGAGGUUUUUGUCACUUUCGGUGUUCCCAGUUAAAAUCAUGUUCUCCUUUUGUAUCUUGUAAAUCGCUCUCGACUCUUCAGUGCAGUUUGUUAAAUUUGGUGUGUUUUUGUCUCGUAUGGCGCUGUCGACUGAGCUGUGGGGCUGCUUCAAAAUGACUUUGGGUUUCCACAGAAAACUGUUAUAUCAAGAGGUUUUUUUACACUCACUCACUGUACUUUGGUACAAUUUUAGGUAUUUAUACAUGAAUGUAUCCAUUUUAUGUUGUGUAAAAUAUUGUUUGUUAUUUAAACAAAAUAUAAUCAACAAAUAAAUUAUGACAUAAUAUUACUGAUAAAUAUAAAACUGUUGAUCAGUGAUCUCCAGAAAGACACUCACAAACUACCCAGCAGUACGCGAAAUAAUUCAAAAGAGCUCCACCUUUAUCACCGUCAGCACUUAAAGUAGGUUACUGAGGACAUUAAUGCAUCAGUAUUUAUAAUCCACUAAUGUAAAAGAUCGCCGCAGUCGACUCACGUCACCAGUUUUAUUUAUAGAGUCCAUUAUCACAAACAUGGUUUGCCUCAGACGGCUUCACAGCGUACGACAUCCCUCACAUCACCGGAGACAAAAAGUCGUAAAUGACAAAUGAAAUACAAUCAUAGCAAAAAGGAAAGAGAAAGAGAGAGGGGGAGAGAGGGGGAGAGGCACAGCAAUAAUGCAAACAAACGCAUGUCAUAUCACAAUAACGAUAGGUGUCAAAUUAAUAAAUGCACUCUAUGAUAGCAUGAGAUGUUAUGUGCAAAUAUUGUGGGCGUGUUGGCCGUAGUCCAACACAUGUAAGAAAGUUGCAACAACAAGAUGCUUUUUUCCACGCUUGUUUCGAAAAUAAAAACCCAAUUUUAGACUCAGCUUUUUCACCAGGUGCAACACACGUGGUUUAAAAUCCAGGGAGUCAUCGAUCAUAAUACCCAGGUAUCUGUAAGAGUCAACAACCUCUAUUUCUUUCCCACCCACGGUGAGCACCACAGGUAGAUUUUAUGACCUCGUCUUUAAGUAAGUAAACAACACGCGCUUAGUCUUAUCUGCAUUUAGAAAAGUUUCAGCUCAUUCAGUGUAUUUUGAACAACCAAAAAAGCAUUUAGUAAGUAUUCAGCGGCCUGUACAAGAGCUGCCACUCAGCAAUAAACAACAGGGUCAUCAGCACAGAAAUGGAAAGUAGCGUUUUGACCUAGAUUAUUCACAUAAAUAGUAAAUAAAAGAGGACCUAAUACAGAGCCCUGGGGCACACCCAUGUGAACAGCUACAAUAUCAGCAUAUUGUCCUUCAUACCUAAUGAGACCGAUAACUAAGAUAAUUAUCAAACCAAGCAACUGAUUCCUCCGCAAGUCCUGAGCUCAGGAGUCUAAGCUGUAAAACAUCAUGGUUGACUGUGUCGAAAGCUUUGGAUAAAUCAACAGUAAACCUCAAUCCAGGCUUGAACAUCAAGACUCUCAUCUGAAGUGCUGACACCCAGAGACUCCUCACAUGAAGCAGGCCAGCUUCUCGCCCCCGCGGAGGUGAAGAGUUGCACUAAACAUGGCCGCUCAGACGGUGUUCUCGGUGGGAAUGUUUCCCGUUGGUGUUUCUGUGAUGGACGACGGUCAGAGUGACGUGCCCGGGAACACGCUGCCCGCCCCCCAGCUGGUAAUGUUGGCCAACGUGGCGGCGGUGACAGCAGCGGAGGGCGGUGGCGGAGACGGCAGUGCGGCGGAUGAGAAGGAGAUGAUGGAGCUGAAGACGGUGGGAUGCAGCUAUUCGGACAGCGAGGAGGAGAGCAUCAUCAGAUACAGCUACGACAACCAGAACCACAGAGAGGUGUGCAUCAUCGAGUACCCCGAGUCUCCCGGUCCGGGCAUCGAGGCCGUCAUUGUAGGAAACCACCUGCAGGAGGAAGAGGAGUACAAUGGUGACAAAGCUGAAGACCUGUCCCGCUGCACUCAGCCACGCCCCUCAGCCGCCACCAAAACACCUGAGCGGGAAGUCCAACGUAAACACAUCCCCGCCGCUGCCACGGCGCCGGAGAGCUCGAAGAAGAAGAAACCCUUCCACUGUAAGCCAUGUCACUUCCAGGCGCAGAACGAGCAGGAGUUUGUCGAACACCUUGGCACUCACGGCGUCAGCAAGAUGAUGGUGGUGCACCGGGUGGAGUCCAGGAGCCGGACGAGGGCCAAGGAGGCCGAAAUACCCGAGGCCCGGGAGCCGUCAGGAGGGGAGGUGGAGAACGGCGGGGAGGCGGCAGCCGCGGCGGCGACGGGUGACAUCAAAGGGUUGAUCAGGUGUGAACGGUGCGGCUACAACACCAACAGAUACGACCAUUACAUCGCUCACCUGAAGCACCACAGCAAGGAGGGCAGCGACCACAGGGUGUUUAAGUGCACUCUGUGUCCGUACACCACCGUCAGUCAGUACCACUGGAGGAAACACCUGAGGAAUCACUUCCCCAGCAAACUGCACACCUGCAGCCAGUGCUCCUACUUCUCUGACCGCAAGAGCAACUACAUCCAACACAUCAGGACUCACACAGGUGUCCGUCCUUUUCAGUGUCCGUACUGCGACUACUCCAGUUCUCAGAAGACCCACCUGACCCGACACAUGAGGACUCACUCAGGUGAGCGUCCUUUCAAGUGUGAGAGUUGUAACUACCUGGCCGCCAACCAGCAUGAGGUGACCCGCCAUGCCCGGCAGGUCCACAACGGCCCUAAACCUCUGUCCUGCCCGUACUGCGAGUACAAGACCGCAGACCGCAGCAACUUCAAGAAGCACGUGGAGCUGCACCUCAACCCUCGCCAGUUCCUCUGCCCGCUCUGCAAAUACGCCGCCUCCAAGAAGUGCAACCUGCAAUACCACCUCAAGUCCAGGCACGCCGGCUGCAAUGUCUCCGUGGACGUCUCCAAGGUCAAACUGCGCGUCAAGAAAGCCGGUUCUGACGGGGUCGAGGAGAACUCCGAUCCCAGAGCGAGCAAGUUUGAUAAUACAUCCAGCGUCGAGGAGGACUUUGACAUGGAAGAGGACACCGUGGACGAGGACGAGGGCGUGGACUCGAGUCCCAUCAACCUGUCCAUCAGACAGAGCAGCAUCGCUGAACCAGCACAGAGUGAAACACCGGACAAGACGCCCAAGAAAUCCACUGUGGAGAAAGAGAAAGCACCAAGAGUGAAGGACAAGGUGGAACCAGAGAACAAGGUCACGACAAGGCAGAGGAAGACGGAGAAGGUCAACGAGAAUCCUCCAGAGAAGGAGACGAUAACAGUCGCUGUAAAUGCAGACAGCAAGGUGAAGAGACGAGUCAAAAAGCUGCCAGCUGAGAAAACGGUCCAGGAAAAAGAAACAUCCACAGAUCCAGAAAAACCCCAGACUGAGAUGGACAAGUCCGACCAACAGGAGGAACGAGACGUGAGGCAGGAAGUGGACAAAGAGGAAGAAAAUUUGGCCAAGAAAGAUCAGAAGACUGAAGGCGGUGGAAAGGAGAACAAAAACAACAAGACAAAGAAGUCGAAGAAGUUGGAGAAAAUACCGGAACAUGUCGAACAAGCUCCACAGAAACCAGAGAGUCCGGAGAAAAUUCAGAAAGAAAAGGUGGUCAAGGAAAAGGCAGCAAAGAGGAAAGCGGCAGGGGCGCUCGAUCUUUCCAAAAAAUCCUCGUCUGAGACUCCAACCAAGACCAGACGGCUGAAAGCCUCUGCCUCUGAGAAGCAGCCGGUGACACCGGUAUCAGAAGACGCUAAGAAGAUGGACGACGCCCCUCCUCAACCACAAAAUGAGACGACGCCGCUGAAGCAGAAGAAGACCAGGAACACCAGUAAGAAAGCGACAAGCCCUCAACAGACGGCGAGUCCAGAAAAAGGCGAGAAGACGUUAGUCAGUGUUUUAUCCACAGAUGCUCCGGAAGUAUCCGCUCAGCCGGAAACACCAACACCGACCUCCGAGCUCCAGGAGGACACCUCCACUGACGAAGCCGCUCCCACAGCGCUGGAAAAGACUCUGAACAAACCCUCAGAGAAGAUGGAGGUUUCUCCAGCCGGCAGCUCCGUCGAGGACACACCCUCUCCCACUGACGACCGCCCCGGUCCGACGUUCCUCAAACCGACAUCACCACCGUCUCUGGUGCUUCCGGCUCAGCGGAGCAAACCUGGCGAUCCAGAGGACGACGAGGGCAUCCACAGCAGCCAUGAAGGCGCAAGCGACAUCAGCGACAGCGCCUCCGAGGGCAGUGACGACUCCGGACUCAACGGCAACGGCGCCGGGUCGGGUAAGAUGGCCAACGACCCUGAAACGCCCACCGAGGAGCUCCCGACUCCAACGGAGCUCAAAAGUCACCUGUGCAUCUUCUGCGACCGCACGUUCCCUUUGGAGGUGGAGUACCGGCGCCACCUGAACCGCCACCUCGUCAACGUGUACUACAUGGACAACAUCGCCAAACAGAAGUGAGGAUCUGUAUCCAUGGCAACCAGCAUGGACAUCCCCUAAUCUUUUCUGCUUUAACUCUUUAGAACCUGAAUCAACAUGAUUUUUUGUGCUGCGUUCAGAUGCCUCUCACCAGCAUUUCAACCUGUGACACCUGAGAUCAUUGGUUCAACUUUUUUUUUUUUUUUUUUUUUACUUUUGAAAAAGGUAACAAGCAACUUGGCAAGAAAUGUCCAGAAAAU